AUGUGGCUGUUGUCGAUAACUUUGUUACUAUCCAUUUUUUGCCAUUAUGCACAAUGUGAAGCAACCCUAGAUGAUAAAUAUUAUUUGGGAAGAGGGUGGAUGUCUUAUACCCAUGCAGUACAAACAUGUCAAUCGAGAUCAAUGAAACUGGUCAGCAUAGAAAAUAAAGAGAAAAACGACGAAAUUUCAGAACUAAUGAGACAGAAAGAUAUCCGUGAAUCUUGCUGGGUAUCCGGAAGAACCUUGCCAGACAGACGUACAUGGGUGUGGCUAGACGGAACACCAUUCAAAUACCAGAACUGGAAUCCGAGGAGGAUUCGCUAUGGUCACUAUCUGACUGACAAUUGCCUAACGGUCGCUAGGCAACAAGGGGAUCUAUAUUGGGACGAUCAGAUCUGCCACAAUUUACGCUGCUAUAUAUGCGAGUAUCCCUCAACCCCUUGCAACCAACAACGGAUCAAAAUUAGAAUUGACGAUCAUUUGAACGCUACCUCCAAGAAUGCCAGGAAUGCCAGGAUAGCUAGAAGAAAGGAGUUUUCAAUCAGCUCCAACAUAAGGAUACGAGACACAGCCUCGAGACUUUGUCAAAGUAUGGAUAUGGAGCUAGCGAACAUCUAUAAUGAAAUAGAGAAUAAUGACAUGGAUAAACUAUUAAACGGCUCUGGUGUCUCCUUCUGGUCGUCUGGUUAUAGAACCUCGGCUACGGAUUAUUGGAAAUGGUCUCCCGAGAAGAACGUAACGUUCACCAGCUGGCAGCGCGGCGAGCCCAAUAACGCCAACUACCAAAGGAACGAAUUCUGCAUUCGAGUCAGAAGCAGCGGCGGUAUGAACUGGUACGACCAGUCAUGCUCAGACAGUUAUCGGUUCAUAUGCCAGAGAAUCGUUCCCAAGGUGGACAUCCUUGUUAAUGGGAACAAUGUGGUGAAACAGGAAGAUACCGUCAUGGUGCCGGCUCAGUUCAAACCAUUCCAAGUGAUUGUCGAUUUCACGUCAGCCCCUCCUACUGACACACGUGAUCAUAUCGACUGGGAUUAUUUCAUAAGUGAAGAUAAAGUAAACCAAUCAGAUGCAAAGAAGGCCUGUGAAAAACGAUCUCAGCACCUUCUGACUAUUGAAAACAAGGAAAAGAAUGAAUUGGUAUUCAAAUUGUUGGAGAAGCAUCAGGUACCGGGUGUUUACUGGACAUCUGCUUCAAGGAAUUCUACCAAAUCCCAAUGGAAUUGGGGUAAUAGAGAUCCAGUGAUAUACUCUCACUGGGGAAGGAAAUCAACAAACGUCAACGUCCAAGGGGAGACUUGCUUGGUAGUAAACAAAACUGAAAUAGACGUCACGUGGUCAAAUUUGCCGUGUACCGAGUCUCGUCAAUAUAUUUGCGAAACCACGAAAGUUUCUUCAGUGAACAAAGCUGGAGGAACAUUGUUGGAUGUUGUUUUCGAUGAUAAGUUGGUGUAUUCUGAUGAUAGCACUUUAAUGAUCCACACCUAUUAA